AUGAAUAAAAGUGAAAAUAAAGUAUAUCUUCCAAUAAAUAUAAAUGUAAAUUAUCUUUUAACAUGCUUAUUUAUUUUAAUUGCAUUAAUUGGUAUAUUGGGUAACAUAUUAGUAAUAAUAUCAGUACAAAUUGAUACUCAUAUGAGACGAUCAUUAACGAAUCGUCUUAUUGUUCAUGUUGCUUGCUGCGAUUUAAUAAUAUUAUUAUUUAAUAUUCCUGAUAUAAUACAAUUUGUAUCAUCAACAAAUGGAAAUUGGAUUCUCAGUGAAAUAGCUUGUAAAUUAAUUCGAUCGAUUCUUGUUUUAGCUCAAUAUUCAUCUGUAUUAACAAUGUGCGCUGUCACUAUUGAAAGAUUUAUUGGUAUUGUUUAUCCACUGCGUUCGAAAUUUCUACGUGAAAAAAUAUAUUUUACUCAAAUAACAUUUUUUGUCUGGUGUUUUUCAUUAUUAUGUACAUCACCAAAUCUUAUUUAUUUGCGUGUUAUAUCAAUAUCUUCAUCGCGUUGUUCAUGUCUUCUUCAAUAUUCUCGUAAAAAUCAAUCAGAAAAUCAAAUGAAAUAUAUUAUUCAUAAAUCAAUUGAGUCAACUAUUUUUUAUUUUAUUCCACUUUUAUUACAAUUAUUUUGCUAUAUAAGAAUCGCUAGACAAUUAUCCAAUGUUGAUCAUACACUUCAAAAUUCAUUUAAUCUAAUUAAAAAACACAAUAGUCAAAGAACACAGGAUGAUAUUGAUGAUGAAGAGGAUUUUAUUGGUAAUGAUGAAAAUAUGGGCAGUAAAAUAACAAUAGCCAAUUCAUUUGUAAACUCCUCAAACGGUCGUCAUGAUCAUAAUUGUCGACAAGGAAAUCGUUUUUUUGUAAAAUAUCUUUCUGUUAAUAAUAAAUUUUCAUUAUCAACAUUAAAAUCUCGUCAUGAAACAAACGAUGUUUAUCAAUCGAAUGUUACUUAUAAAGCAUUAAAAUCUCGUCGAGGUGUUAUUAAAAUGUUGAGUGUUGUUGUUCUUAUAUAUUUUACAUCAUUUAGUCCUCAAGUUCUUGUUUUUAUUUUAUUUGAUACAAAUGCAAUUCGAUCUGUUCCACAAUUUAUUCAAACACCUUAUUUUAUGGCUUUUACAAUGCUUUUAGUGACAAUUAGUUCAGCAUCAAAUCCAAUUGUUUAUUCAAUAUUUUGUUCUAAGUUUCGACAAAAUUUUGCAAGAAUUUUUCGAAGAUUAUUCUUUUGUCAUCGAAAAAAUUUUAUUUAA